ACAUUCCCAACAGGAAAAAGACUGUGGUACAUUCAAAACUAUAGAUUUAUCAGUUUUGAAGUUAAAGGAAACAAACCGUGUUGUAUAAGUUGGGAUAGAAUUCAAUGAGGAAGACAGGACUCACAAGUAUGACGUGGCUGGUGUACCUUUGUGUUCUGUGGGCUUGCUCAAAUGCCACACAUACUGUCGUGUUGGUUACCGAAGGCAGGGGAAGCCUCAGUCACAUGGUACUGGGCAACAACACACUGUUCAUCGGAGCCACAAACUACAUCUAUGGACUUGAUCUAGACCUAGAGAUGCAGACGGUGGUUACUACUGGUCCUCAGAACGAUUCACAAAAAUGUGGAAUUAGAUCAAGUAGUUGUUCAUUCUUUUGGUCAUUGUUGCCGACGGAUAACCACAACAGGAUUCUGUUGCUAUAUUCAGACAAACUUGUGGUUUGUGGAAGUGUUUUCCAAGGGAAAUGCGAGAUCAGGAAUGCUAAGAACAUCAGUGAAAUUUUGCUAACUGGUGACAGGGCCGUGGCUUCCAAUGAAUUAGAUGUGAACACGAUAGCAUUUGUUACAAAAGUUCUUAACAGCAACACAGGUAAUAUGGAAGCUAUGCUUUAUGUGGCAACUGAAUUCACAAGGUUCUCAAGCACAAGAAACAGUAUCGAAUUUAAUCACAGGAAAUUUCAUCCCCUUGUCAGUAUUCGACUUUUAGAAGACUUGUCAGUUCGAGGGAGUAUUGAAUUUAAAACUGACAAUAAAUACAUGAAGCCAGGUCUGAUAUUGUAUGUGACUGGAUUUGUUUCAAGACGUUACAACUACAUACUCUUUAAUGAAAAGGAUACACUAGAUCGUACUUCUUCAAAACUUGUGCAUAUGUGUAGAAAAGAUGACAGUUUGAAUACUUUUCUUGAGAUGCCUAUAACAUGCAAAUCAAAUGAAAAGACUUUCAACGUUUUAAAAAGUGCACAGGUAUUCAGACCGGGACAUAAUUUGUUCAAGUCAUUGCAGAAGCAGUUUCCUGAUUUGACCUCCGACGAUGAAGUAUUGGUAGGACUUUUCAGUCGGAUUAAGAACAACAGCUCAGCCCUCUGUAUAUUCAGUAUGCCAGAGGUGAGAAAGACUCUGCUUACUAAUAUGAAGAAGUGUUUGAAUGGAAGCACAGCAUUUUCAGCCAGAGAAAAAUACAAAGAUGGACUUGGAUGUACAAAAGUUAAUGUGGAGUUAUCUGACGAUGAGUUGCUGUGUUCAAACACCUUAAAUGUGAUUAUCGCUGGGGGGAUUCCUCUAGUUUCUACCCCAGUCAUACAGUUUCCAGUGACGAAUGGUCUGCAUAACUUUGUUUCCUUGGCUUUGACAGUGACAACAGAAUUCUCAGUGGCAUUCUUAGGAAGCUCCACAGGACAAAUUAGAAAGGUCAUACUGCAUUCAUCUGUAGAAGCAGAUUUAUAUGAUUCACCUAUUGUAGUGGACCGUGGUCGACCCAUCAAUCCGGACAUGUUGUUUGAUAGUUCACAAAUGUUUCUUUAUGUCAUGAGUGACAGAAAAGUAGCCAGGAUACCAGUCCAGAACUGUCAUCAGUACACCACAUGUAAUGCCUGUCUGCGGAGCAAAGACCCCUAUUGCGGAUGGUGUAUCAUGGAAAAGCGAUGCAGUUUAAAAAGUCAGUGCUCUAAUCCGACAACGGUCCGGUGGAUAAAUAUCACGUGUCCAGAAAACUGUAUUACUAUUCUCAAUGUAUCCCCACCGAUGAUUCAUGUCUCACAGAAUACUACGCUAAAUCUAACGGUGUCCGGUCUUCCGAGAGGCUUCAAUACAUCAUACAAUUGUGCUUUUGAUUUUCCAAACGGAAUUAUGAGAAAAUCCCAUCUCGUUCAUGGGAAGUUCGGGGUGCAAUGUAGAAACCCCAGCACCAUCGAUGUGAUUCUGAAUAUCAGCGACACAUUGGGACAUAUCAACAUUACCAUGGGAAUCGAAUCCGUAGAAACCGGAAAAAUCAUUGUGUCAACGGCAUACUUAAUCUACAAGUGUAGCAGUUUCUCUAAUUGUUCCCAAUGUGUUGACAACGAUUACUCGUGUGAUUGGUGUGUCGCAGAGAACAAGUGUCAAUACAACACAGAUCCGUGUUCUGACGAGCGAGUCAGCAAUCAAAGUAGUGUUGGUAAACUACGUUUGUAUCUUUGCCCUAUGGUGGACAGAAUCGAGACUGGACCGAUAUUUAUUCCACAAGGUCAAAUUAAAAUAAUUCUCAUCCAAGGGAGGAAUUUUCCAGUGCUGGAUAAUUACAGUGGACGAAUUACUUUGCCCUCCAGAACCAUAGAUGUGUUGGGAAAACGGAUUUCAGGUUCUGAGUUGAAAUUCUAUAUUGAUAAGAUUGAUGAUACCCUACCCCGUGGUGUAUAUCAAGCCAGUAUGAAUGUAUUGUGGACAGACAAGAAAUUCAACAUAGAAAAUGACAGGCUUACGCUCACGUUGUACAGUUGUGUGAAGCAGGCCGAGGGAGACUGUAGCUUUUGUAAAAACCUGGAGCUCACAAUGCCAGUCUUGGAUUGCAGAUGGUGUGAGGGAGAGUGUGUCUACAGCAAACAAAACUGUUCUGAAUCCAUAUGUCCACGUCCAAGUGUUGCCAAUGUGUUUCCCAAUACUGGUCAUUAUUUGGGAGGUACAGUGGUGACUAUCACAGGGUCUAAUCUUGGUGUCAAAUUUACUGAUAUUGAAAAUAAUAUCACAAUAGCAGGCGUUGCAUGUAACACAACAGCAAAGAAAGAUGAUUACAAAACCUCUAGGAGACUACGGUGUGUGACUGGCAGUCAAUUUGAAAAAGGAAGUGGUGCUAUCCAGAUAUUAGGCGUCAAGUUCCAGAAAUGGAUAUUCUCUUACAAGGAUCCACAAAUCAUCAGUAUCAACCCUAACUUUGCAUCAAAGUCUGGUGGAAGACAUAUUUACUUGAGGGGUGAAAAUCUCAACAUUGGAAAUGGACCUACAAUUACCAUCAAUAAUUACACUUGCUUACUUAAAAGUAUCAAAGCCUCAGUGAUUGUGUUUGCUGUACCCGCUGGUAGUACAGGUGUUGCUGAGGUGGAAGUCCGCAUUGACGGUCAUGUUGUGGACACAGGGGGCACUAAUUUCUCCUACGUUGAAGUACCAACCAUUCUAAGUAUCGAUCCUUUGAUUUCCUUUCAGAGCGGAGGUAGAAGAUUGACUCUCAGUGGAACUAACUUUAAUACCGUAGACAGUAUCAGGAUGUUUGUAAUUUACAGUGGUGGAUCAUCCUCCAAACCGGAGACUUGCACAAUCCAGAGCAACACUGUUACUUAUUGUCCGACACCCGCAUACAAGUCGCAACCACAAGCUAGACAAUUUGUGAGUAAUGACCAGCGACAACAUCCAGCGGAAAUGACCGACAUGACAUCAAAAAGCAUGAGAGACGUAUAUCUAAGUUCUACUCAGCUGGCUUUUUAUAUGGACGAUGUUUUGGUAACACAGGAUCUAAAUGCAACUCCCGCGUUUAUGUCCACCCUGAAUUACGUGCCAGACCCAAUCAUUUAUGAUUUUGAAGAAAGCGAUAGGAUAAAGACAUUUAAUCAGGGCAUCAUAUUGGCAAUCAAGGGAAGUCGAUUGAAUGAAGCAGCUACUACGGGUGAUGUCAAAGUGUUUGUGGGUCUGGGUCAAUGUAAUGUAACAAGUUUAACCUCGGAACAUAUAUACUGUAUACCGCCCAGUGGUCAGCCCCAUCUACGUGAAGACGGAAAACAACGAGGGGGAAUCCCGAGGGUAUUUGUUGUGUAUGGAAAUCUGGAUAAAAUGGUGGGAUUUCUUCGUUAUGAAAAUUCAGAACCACUCAACCUGAUGGAAUACAUAGUGCUCGCCUUGUUGGUGAUUGCAGGAAUCGUUAUAAUAACAGUUUUCGUAUUUUGCUUGAGAUUUCGUAGACAACUAAGAAAAGCUAAAAGUGAAAACAGAUCGACAGCGCAGGGAACGGAGAAUAUUCAGCUCACCACCCAAAAUGAAUCUUCCAAGCAGGACAAGACGUUGGCAACAAAUACGUCUACUAUCGGUCAACUUGGAGUAGAUGAUAACAUCAUUAGCCUUCUGGAAAACAAACAGUUACUUAUAUCUCCAAAUGACCUAAAACUCGGCAAAUGCAUUGGACAAGGUAAUUUUGGUAUUGUCUAUGAAGGCACAGUAAGAAACACAGCGGAAGAGACAAAAGUAGCUGUAAAAACUCUACACCAAAAAAAUCCACGUGAGAUAGAUGUCGAUGAAUUUGUAAACGAAGCUUUACGUAUGUCAGACUUCCAUCAUCCGAAUGUGAUGACGUUGAUAGGAAUUUGCUUGUCAAUGGACGAUAUGCCACUUGUGGUCCUUCCGUACAUGAAACAUGGUGAUGUCCUGACAUAUAUUAGGGAUAAACAUAACGUGACGACAGUAUUGAAUAUACUACAAUUUGCUGUUGACAUCGCAAAGGGCAUGGAGUAUUUAUGUACCCAUAGAGUAGUGCAUCGGGAUCUAGCGGCACGAAACUGCAUGCUUGAUGAAAAUAAAACUGUGUUAGUGGCUGAUUUCGGCUUGUCACGAGACAUUUACGAGAAAGAUUACUACGUCAUCGGUAACAAGAAAAGCAGGUUACCAGUGAAAUGGAUGGCCCCGGAAAGUCUGGAAAAAGGAAUAUACAACGCUCAAUCAGAUGUGUGGUCUUUUGGUGUUGUGAUGUGGGAGCUGAUGACCAGAGGAAGCAAGCCGUAUCCAGGAGUUGAAGGAUGGGAGAUGCUCAGAUUUUUAAAAUCGAAUCACAGGUUAACUCAGCCUCAUCAUUGUCCAGAUCUUUUGUAUUCUUUAAUGGUACAAUGCUGGAAUCUCGAUCCCGAACAGAGGACUACAAUUUCUUAUCUUGUUCUGAUUCUAUCCCAGCUGGCUACCAGAUCUCCUGAACACGAGGGUUACAUGGAAACCUCUUCAUGUACAUAUGAGUCUCUGCAAAAUAGUUAUGUGAAUGUUGAAAUAGAUGUCGAGUACAGCUCUUUACAGGAAGACGCCACAUCUGAAGAGACCUAACUGCUCACUGUAAACAGAUGACCUGGAUAAUCUUAUUAUAUCUUUAUUUUGAUAUUAUUCUUAUAUUAAGUAUCUAGGUGUAAUCUUAUGAUUGUAUUGAAUAUGUGCUUAAACUUCAUGUAGGCGAGUGAUGCAGGCCCGUGGAACAUACUAUCGUUUAUUAGUCAUAAUUGUUUAAAAAUGGAAUGGUGCAAUAACAUAUAAAUUCAUACAUGCAUUGGAAUCAAUAACAUAAAGGUCAUCAUUUAUUUAACCUUUUUUAUGAGUAAACUUCACGAUGAUCCCACACAAACAAUAGAUGAUACAUCCCAGGACCCACUGGCGGAUUUAGAGGGGGGCGUGCCCCCCCCCCCCCUUAAAAUUUUCAAAGUUUAGGUUACAAAUCACUGCGUAAUAUAAAAAGAGGAGAAAUCAAUUCAUAUUUAUAAUAAUUGAUUCUAAAAGGUGAAUAUCAAAAUGCAUAAAGUCCCUAACUCCGUAUUUUACAUCAGUAGGAGAAAUAUUAAGCAUUAUAUCUUGCUCUAAUAUUGUACACACAUAAAUGGAAUAAUUGUAUAGAGAUUCCGAGUUGAUUAUAUUUUUUUCAUUAGAAAUACUAGUAUGCGUUUAUUGAGAAUUGUUUAUAUAUACCUUGGUUUAUUUUUAUUUUUUUGCAGCCCCUUCCUCCCCAAAAUCAUGCAUUAAAUUUUAUUGCCUAUCAUAAUUUUAAAAAAAAAUAUAUAUAUUUCUUAUUUCAAAAACGAGAAACAUUUUUUGAGGCAAAAGUCGUAACAUGUGAUGAAAAGGUGUAAGGGCGGAUCCAGAAUUGACCUCCCUUUUUGCGGACCAAAAAAAAUUCAGUUAUUCAAUUCUAACGAGACUUUGCGUCAAAUGAUAUGACAGGUGGAUACUUGAAUGUAAUAGCAUCAUUCAAAUUUAUCAACACCAGUAUAUCAUUUAAUUCCACGAUGAAUAAGACGAAACUGAUAUAUAUUUACGAUAUUUUCGUCAGAUACAAGUAUCACUUAAAAUUCUUAAAAAGUAUAUAUAGCAUAAAAGUUUUGUUAAAGAAGCAGACAAUUCUAAAGUUAAAAAGAAGUGCCUGGAAAUGCUCAGAAUGCAGGGUGUUUCACUAUUUACCGCAGAACCCAGACCCCUGACCUAUUGGGAGUAACCUUCAAAUCAGCUUUUGUUUUAAGAUUUAAAAUCAGGUUUGAGUAGAGGGAUAAGAAUGACUAAAACGUGAGAACACAAGUAGUAAAAACGAAAGCAUUUUCAUGUAUAAACUGUCUCAAGAUCUCCCUAAAAUAUUAUGUACACAAGCAAAAAAGGUGUAAAUGGGUGGGGUUGGAGAUUGUGAAAAGUAGCUAAAAGAUUGAUCAAGUGCUACAUCCUUUCUUUCACAAAUUCCUAGAUCCGCAUAUGAGGUGUGUGUAGGAGGGAUUCAAUUACAAGAAAUACAAAUAGAUGGACUCAAAUCCCAGCUCAAUGACGAGCAAAUAAGUUUGACUAGGAAGUCUACUGAUGAUAAAUUUUGCCUCAUUUUAGUAGUGUUGAUAAAGGUGUGUUAUAUGGUUAAAUUUUACUCUUAAAAUCACUAAAAUCCAGGAGCUUCCGGGGGCUUCGCACCCUGGACCACCACCAGGGCUUUCCCUGGACCCAAUGGGGGCCUUAGGGCGCUCCCAGACCCCCUGCCUCUGAAAAAAAUUUGACGCCCUCCCACCAAAAUUACUAAAUCCGCCCCUGGUACCUGUAUCACCUGUGGCGAUUUUGACAGUUUUGUUAUUAAAAAUGAAUACGACACAACGCCAUAAUGGCCAUAAUUGGUCACGUCACCAUUUAGUAUAUAUUCGAUUGAAAGUCAUAAUGAGAAGAAGAUAGGGAGGAGAACGGAUUAUUAUGUAAAUUAUUAUACUUGUAUUCUAAUACGAUACUGGACUUGUUACCUGCUGAGUUUUUGUUGGCAUAAAACUCUAGAAGUGAAAUAACUUGUAAAACACAACGCAGUGUUUAGACUUUGUUAGUCUUAUAAAUAAAACCAAGUAAAAGGGUUACAUCGGUACUACAUUUUUUUCAGGAUUUAGUAUCACUGCAUGCUAAUAUGGAAUGUCGGUGUUCACGUCAAUUAAUACUUGUAUGGUGUCUUCCUUCUGUCCCUGUCUCGUAUUCUACUUGAAAGUUACUCCUCCUAGGCGCCUGAUUCCACCUCUGGUAUAUCCAGGGGUCCGUGUUUGCCCAACUCAGUGUUUUGUAUUGCUCAUAGGAGUUAUGAGAUUGAUCGCUGUUCGUUAUCUUCGCCUUUCAUGUUCAAAAUUUGAUCUUGUAGAAUCUUGUUUAUUUCUGUCAAUUUGUCUGAUGAUUUCUACUGUAAAAUCGACUUGCGAGACAUGAAUACAAAUAUUUAUAUUUCUGUACUAUUUGAAAACUCUCCAUUUCAUUUUAAAUGUACAUAACGUGUAUAUCCUAAACAUAACGUUUUUGCUUAUUUAUAUAGUUAUUUUAUAUUAUGUAUUAAUAAAACCUAUGGAUUUUU